GAUCUGAUCCGUGGGGAAGGAGUCAUGGUUGAAUCAUUCGAAGGCUGGACUUCAUGGGUCGAAGAUGCAUAUUUGCUAUGUACACCUGAAGACCCUGAGUGCUUGAAGCAUCACUAUAUCACACGAACUGAGAAAGACGAGCCUCAGUACACAGUAGAUGAAGAAAUUUCCAUGAUGAACGAACAAAUCACAAAGAGCGAGGGGUUCGAUAUUGAUUUCUCGUUGUUCCGAUGUCUGUUCAACUACCAUCUUGUUGAUCCCGAUGAUUACGAUUUCCUUGAGGAUGAAACAACAGAAACCAACGGGGAUUUCAUGAAGAGGCUUUCUCAAGAAUCCCUUAAGCGCUACAAUGACGAAUGUGGUACGAAAUUUGAAUUUCACGAGGUUGUCAAAGCCAAUUUUCACGGAUCUGUUGGAUAUAUGUUUCUCAUCACGUUUCAAGUGUUUGAUCCAUCUGAUGACCAGGAAAAAACCUUCCAAGCUAGGAUCCGUUACACUACACAUUACCCGACUGAAUUCGUCUUUUGUAGGCCGAAACCCAAUCCAGAAGUUGACUCUGGUGAAACUUAUAAGGAAGAUGUCAAAGGCUGGACUUCGUGGGUCGAAGAUGCAUAUUUGCUAUGUACACCUGAAGAUCCUGAGUGUUUGAAGCAUCACUAUAUCACACGAACCGAGAAAGAUGAGCCUCAAUACACAGUAGAAGAAGAAAUUGCUAUGAUGAACGAACAAAUCGAAAACAGCGAGGGGUUCGAUAUUGAUUUCUCUUUGUUCCGCUGUCUGUUCAACUACCAUCUUGUUGAUCCCGAUGAUAUCGAUUUCGUUGAAGAGCCAGAAACCAAUGGAGAUUUAAUGAAGAGGCUUUCUAAAGAAUCCCUUAACGUCUUUAAUAAGGAGGAGGGCACGGAAUUCGAAUUUGUCAAAGUUGUCAAAGCCAAUUUUCACUAUAGCGCUGGGUUUAUGUUUCUCAUAACAUUUCAAGUCUUGGAUCCAUCUGAUAACCAGGAAAAACUCUUCCAAGCUAGGGUUCGUUACUCAACACGUUUCCCGGCUGAGUACGUCUUUUGUAGGCCAAGACCCGAGCCAGAAGUUGACUCUGAUGAUACUUCCGAGGAAGAUGUCAAAGGCUGGGUUACAUGGCUCGAACCUGCGUAUUUGCUGUGGAAACCUGGGGGUCGUGGCUAUGAGAGACCUUCAUACAUGACUAAGACGGAGAAAGAUGAGCCUAAGCUGACACCAGAGCAAGAACUUGCCCUAAUGACCAAAGAAGUCAAUGCUAGCGAUGGGUUUGAUAUAGAUUUCAGCUCCUUCCGCUGUGUUUUCAACUACCAUCCUGCUGUUCUCCAUUCUGAUCUAUUCGCUGACGAUGACUUUGAAACUACUGAGGAUUUCCUCAAGAUGCUUGCUCAGGAAGCCCUUGAUGUCUACAAUGGCAGACAUGUCACAGAAUAUGAGUUGGUCAAAGUUGUUACAGCCAAUUAUCACUUUGCUUGUGCGAUUAUGUUUCUCAUAACAUUUCAAGUCAAGGAUCCUUAUGAUGAUAAGAUUAAGCUCUUCCAAACAAGAGUACGCCAGGUGAAAUACAUUGGGAUCAAGAAAGUUGUCAAGAGCCAUGUUCCGAAAGAUGUCAAGAAACAAAAAUUGGAGGAUGAGCUUUUGUGUGCCACAAGGAGUUAGAAUCCAGAGAUGUUCCAUUGGUCCUAGAUGUGACUUUAAUUACUUACUUAUGGGAGCUCUUUUGUUGCUAGGGAAUGAACUUAUAUAUUAUGCGACUUGUACUGUUUUUCUUUUUAUAUGUAUCGUUUAUUGUUAUGAGUAUCAACAUUAUGUUUUAAAAUGAGUCUUUGCUACUUUGUUCAACGGAAGCUUUAAAGCUUCCAAAAUUUUCUCCACCAUUGAAUCCCUUUAUUAAGCUUCGUCUAAGAAAUUCAGUGGAGCAAA